CUCUUCGUGAAAUCCAUCCCUACCCCAAAUCCAUCCCUCUCUUCAUCUUCGUCCGUGUCCCCUUCAUCUGGGUUAUGGGUGGCAGCAAGGCAUCUUCCACGAGUGAAGUUGGAAACGGCUUACCAAGAUGUGGAUGCAAUGAAACCAUGAAGUUGUUUGUCUCCAAGUCAAUUGAAAACCCCGGUCGCAAAUUUUGGAAAUGCAGGAAUUAUAUGAAUGGGUGCGGUUUAUUUUUGUGGGAUGAUUUGGUCAGUGAGUUUGCAGUGAAAGAAACCAAUCCGUCCGGAUGCCGCCAAUGUGAAGUCAACAAGGCUUAUUUGAUUGAAUUUGCUAAAGAGAUUGUUGAGGAGAUAGAUUGCAGAGUCGGAAAGCUUAACAAGUUAGAAAAACUGAAGAAAAAGAUUGCAAUGGAAAAGAGGAAAAAUUUAUGGUUAAUGUUUGUAAUUGGUCUGUCAUGGAUGUUGAUAGCAGCUAUGGUUAAGUUAGUCUAAUGAGUCUGUCAUGUAAUUGUUAUGUCAUUAGUGUUUUUCAGCAAUGUAAUGUUGAACUUGUAAUGUGUUCAUCAAUGAAAUGUAAUCUGUUCAUCAAUCUUAAA